GGCUGUGUGAGAGACAGGGAAAGAAAGAGAGAAGGAGAGGGAAGAAGACCUAUCUUCUCCACGGCUACUGUAGAAUGUCUCAACGCCUCUCUCCACCUAUAGUGUAGAAUGUCUCAACGCCUCUGAUCACGCCAUACAGAAUCAAGGCAUCCUGAUCAUCUCGGAUGUCUCGGAUUUAAUAAAGAGAGAACACAUUGCUAGACUAUUGACAAUUUGAUUUGGUCACUGGAGGUUAUUUUCCAUUAUUCUUCUUCUUUUCUUGAAGUGGUUUAUUCUGGAACAGCAAGUACGUGGGGUACAGCGCCUGGUCUGCUUUGACGACUGUCUCCAGCUGUGGAGAGAAGCUUGACUCGGGACUAUUUCCCUGAGCGCCCCCGUUGGAUUUAGGAGAAGCGCGAUUUAAAACCGAAAAGACAACAGUUUUUUUUUAAACCAAAAAGUGGAGUUAUUGUGAACUUGUGAGAAGAUCACCAGGCCUGUGGCAAUGUGUCGGGGGCGGCUGGUGAGGCUGGCGGUGGGUCUGGUGGCGGUCCUGUCGCUGUGGACGGAGCCUGGCGGGGCUGAGGCUGACCAGGCUGGGGGAACCGGAGGAGAAGCUAGACUUACCGAAGGCGAGCUGGUGUCUUUGCCGUUAUUAACUGUAGACAGCGAGCCGGCCAGGCAGACUCCGACCCAACCCAGAGCCAGCCGGGCCAAGCGGAGGGGAGGAGGAACAGACGUCCUCAAAGGGCCCAAUGUGUGUGGCUCUCGUUUCAACUCCUACUGCUGUCCAGGAUGGAAGACUCUAACAGGGGGCAACCAGUGCAUCGUCCCUAUUUGUCGGAGCUCGUGUGGAGAUGGGUUCUGCUCCAGACCCAACAUGUGUACCUGUCCCACCGGAUCCAUCUCUCCUUCUUGUGGAUCCAUGUCAGUCCAAAACUGUAACAUCCGCUGUAUGAACGGUGGGAGCUGUGCUGAUGACCACUGCCAGUGUCAGAAAGGAUACGUGGGAAACCACUGUGGCCAACCGGUGUGUGAGACAGGUUGUCAGAAUGGAGGACGGUGUGUGGCUCCUAACCGCUGUGUUUGUACCUACGGCUUCACGGGGGCACAGUGUGAGAGAGACUACCGUACAGGGCCGUGCUUUGCGUCUGUGAGUAACCAGAUGUGUCAGGGCCAGCUGACGGGCAUCGUGUGUACCAAGACGCUGUGCUGUGCCACCGUGGGGAGGGCAUGGGGACACCCCUGUGAGAUGUGCCCCGCCCAGCCUCACCCCUGCAGGAGAGGAUUUAUACCCAACCACCGUACUGGAGCUUGUCAAGAUGUGGAUGAGUGCCAGGCCAUCCCAGGUCUGUGUCAGGGUGGGAACUGUAUCAACACUGUGGGAUCCUUCCAGUGUAAAUGUCCUGCUGGACACAAGUUCAAUGAGAUCACACAGAAAUGUGAAGAUCUAGAUGAGUGCUCUAGCAUCCCAGGUCUGUGUAGUGGAGGAGAGUGUUCCAACACGGUGGGCAGUUACUUCUGCAGGUGUUCUCAGGGCUACUACACUCCAGUGGAUGGCUCCAGGUGUAUAGAUGCCCGGGGUGGGUACUGCUAUGCCAGCCUGCUGAACGGGCGUUGUGCCAACCAGAACUCCCAGCUCCUGACCAAGAUACAGUGCUGCUGUGACAGUGGGCGCUGCUGGUCAGACGGGUCCAGUCCUGAGUUGUGCCCCAUGACAGGGACUGAUGAGUACCAGAAGCUGUGCACACAGGUACAGACCAGUCCAGGGGGGGGGCCUCUCCCAGGAGGGGGAGGGUCUCUCCCAGGUGGGGGAGGGACUCUCCCAGGUGGAGGAGGGCCUCUCCCAGGCGGGGGAGGGGGAAUACCAGGAGUUCCCCAGGUCCCAGGUAUCUACCCAAGACCACCCUACCCAGGACCACCAAUCCCUUUCCAGCCUCCGCCUGGACCAGGUCAAUACCCUGGACCCAGCAUCAUCCAGACCCAGAACAUCAGUAGCAGCAUUACUAACAUGUGUGCGGUAUACAGGAACCUGUGUCUGAACGGCCGCUGUGUCCCCUCCCGAAGCUACCGCUGUGACUGUAACAUGGGCUUCAGACUAGACUCACGAGGAGAGUGUAUCGAUGAUGAUGAGUGUGAGCGGAACCCGUGUGUGAACGGACAGUGUGUGAACACGGCUGGAUCCUACUUCUGCCAGUGUCCUGCUGGCUUCCAGUCUACUGCUACCAGGACCGAGUGCAGAGACCUGGAUGAGUGUGUGGCAAACGGUCGUAUCUGUAACAACGGAAGGUGUGUGAACACUGAGGGGAGCUUCCACUGUGUCUGCAACGCCGGCUUUGAGAUCUCUACUGACGGGAAGAACUGUCAAGACAUGGAUGAGUGUCUGAUCAGGAACAUGUGUUUGAAUGGGAUGUGCAUCAACGACGAGGGAAGCUUUAAAUGUAUUUGUAAACAUGGCUAUCUGCUCGACCCAACCGGGCGCUUUUGUGUAGACAUUGAUGAAUGUGAGACUCCAGGGAUCUGUAUGAACGGCCACUGUGUGAAUACGGAGGGGUCCUUCAGGUGUGAGUGUAUGGCUGGUCUGGCCGUGGGUCUGGAUGGCCGCGUCUGUGUCGACACACAUAUGCGCAGCACUUGUUAUGGAGGAUACAAGCGGGGACAGUGUGUGAAGCCAUUCUUCGGAGCCGUGACCAAGUCAGAAUGCUGCUGUGCCAGUGUGGAGUACGCCUUUGGAGAGUCCUGCCAACCAUGCCCACCCCAAAACUCAGCUGAGUUCCUGGCCCUGUGUAGUAACGGCCCCGGCACCACCAGCGAUGGCAGAGAUAUCAAUGAGUGUGCUCUGGACCCAGACAUCUGUCAGAACGGUGUGUGUGAGAACAUGCUGAGGACCUAUAAGUGUAACUGUAACAUGGGCUUUGAGGUGGACACCACUGGAAAACACUGUGUUGACAUAGAUGAGUGUGCAGUGAACAGGUUACUGUGUGACAACGGCCUGUGCAGGAACACUCCAGGUAGUUUCACCUGCAACUGUCCCACCGGCUUCCUGUUCCACGCUGAGACGGAUGUCUGUGAAGACAUUGAUGAGUGUGAGUCGAAGCCGUGUGUGAACGGGGACUGUAAGAACAGCCCGGGGUCCUACGUGUGUCUCUGCUCAGCAGGCAGCACGCUGGAUGCCUCUGGAACACAGUGUAUAGAGACCAGUAAAGGCACAUGUUGGCUGAAGGUGAUUAACGGACGCUGUGAGAUCAACAUCAACGGAGCCACUCUGAAAUCCCACUGCUGCUCCACACUGGGAGAGGCCUGGGGAAGUCCCUGUGCCAAGUGUGAACCAGAUCAUUUCUGCACUAAGGGUUAUGCUAGAGUCAGAGGGACCAUCUGUGAAGAUGUUAAUGAGUGUGAGGUGUUUCCGGGGGUGUGUAUCAAUGGGAAGUGUGUGAACACCGUGGGUUCCUUCAUCUGCCAGUGUCCCUCUGGGAUGACCGUCGACGCCACUGGACGAACAUGUAUAGACCUGCGUACAGAGCAGUGUUAUCUGAGCCACGAGGAUGAGCGUUGUGGAGCCCCUAUCCCGGGUCGUCACCGUGUGGACGCGUGCUGCUGCUCGGUGGGUGUGGCCUGGGGCCCGGAAUGUGACGAGUGUCCGGAGAAAGGCUCUCAGGAGUACAGCCAGCUCUGUCCCAGGGGACCCGGCUUCGCAAACAGAGGAGACUUCAUUAAUGGACGGCCCUUCCUCAAAGAUAUAAACGAGUGUAAGAUGAUCCACAGCUUGUGCUCCAAUGGGAAGUGUAGGAACACCAUCGGUAGUUUCCGUUGUCGCUGUGACAACGGCUUCGCUCUGGACUCUGAUGAGAGGAACUGUACAGACAUCGACGAAUGCCGUAUCUCUCCAGACCUGUGUGGUCAGGGCACGUGUGUGAACACCGGUGGGGACUUCGAGUGCGAAUGUUUUGAAGGUUACGAGAGCGGCUUCAUGAUGAUGAAAAACUGCAUGGACAUUGAUGAGUGUGAGCGGAACCCUCUGCUGUGUCGCGGUGGUGAGUGUGUGAACAACGAGGGCAGCUUCCAGUGUUUGUGUCCCGACGGACACGAGAUUGCCCCCGACGGAUCCGCCUGUCUCGAUAUUAAUGAGUGUGAACUGAGUGAGAAGCUGUGUCGCAACGGUCAGUGUGUGAAUAUGAUUGGACGUUACCAGUGUUCCUGUGAUACUGGAUAUAAAUCCACGGAGGACAGACUGGCCUGUGUCGACAUUGAUGAGUGUACGAUCCAGAAUGGAGGUUGUGAGACAUUCUGCACCAACUCAGAGGGGAGCUAUGAGUGCAGCUGUCGCUCUGGAUAUGCCCUGAUGCCAGACCUCAGGACCUGCACUGACAUUGAUGAGUGUGAGGACAGUCCAGACAUCUGUGACGGAGGCCAGUGUACCAACAUCCCAGGAGAGUACCAGUGUCUCUGCUUCGAUGGAUUCAUGUCUUCUGAAGAUAUGAAGACCUGUCUGGAUGUGGAUGAGUGUGAGCUGAACCCUAACAUCUGUCUGAGUGGGAAUUGUGAGAACAGCAAGGGAUCCUUCAUCUGCCAUUGUGACAAGGGCUACUCCGUACGCAAGGGAACCACCGGCUGCACAGGUACACACAUACACACACACACACACACACAGACAGACAGACAGACAGACAGACAGACAGACAGACAGACAGACAGACAGACAGACAGACAGACAGACAGACAGACAGACAGACAGACAGACAGACAGACAGACAGACAGACAGACAGACAGACAGACAGACAGACAGACAGACAGACAGACAGACAGACAGACAGACAGACAGACAGACAGACAGACAGACAGACAGACAGACAGACAGACAGACAGACAGACAGACAGACAGACAGACAGACAGACAGACAGACAGACAGACAGACAGACAGACAGACAGACAGUGAACUAGGCUGUGUGGGUGAUGUUCAGAAUGAAUCUGUGUGGUUGCCCCUGGAGUUUGGAGUUCUACUUUUAGAUGUUCUAUCAACCCAGCUACAUCUAAUAGUAUCUAUACCCGUUAUGAAUGGUUUAUCAAGCAACAAUAAUCAACCAUCUGUGUGUGUUUCAGACCUGGAUGAGUGUUCCAACGGGACCCACAUGUGCAGCAACAACGCAGACUGUCUGAACACCAUGGGAUCAUACCGCUGCCACUGCAAGGACGGAUUCUCUGGGGACGGAUUCUACUGCUCAGACAGCGAUGAGUGUGCAGAUAACGUGAACCUGUGUGAGAGCGGUAACUGCCUGAAUGUUCCUGGAGGCUACCGUUGUGAAUGUGACAUGGGUUUCAUCCCAACCCCGGACGGAAAGGCCUGCGAGGACAUAGACGAGUGUACCUUUGCUGAUAUCUGUGUGAAUGGGAGGUGUCAGAACAUUCCGGGGCUGUUCAGGUGUCAGUGUAGCAUCGGCUACGAGCUGGACAGGAGCGGAGGCAACUGCACUGACAUUAAUGAGUGUGCUGACCCGACCACCUGUAUCAGUGGACUGUGUGUCAACACCCCAGGUAGCUACAUCUGUAACUGUCCUCAAGACUUCGAACUCAACCCCACCCGCGUGGGCUGUGUAGACACUCGUUCUGGUGACUGCUAUCUGGACGUGCGGAUGCGGGGGGAUGCGUCUGAGAGUUUGGUCUGUUCCAAUGAGAUAGGUGUGGCGGUGUCCAAAGCCUCCUGCUGCUGUUCUCUAGGGCAGGCCUGGGGAACACCCUGUGAAUCCUGCCCCCCUCUCAACUCCUCGGAGUACAAGACGUUGUGUCCAGGAGGAGAGGGAUUCAGACCUAACCCCAUCACUGUUAUACUGGAAGACAUCAAUGAGUGCCAGGAGCUGCCAGGCCUGUGUCAAGGAGGAAACUGCAUCAACACCUUUGGUAGCUUCCAGUGUGAAUGUCCCAAAGGCUUCCAACUCAACGAGGAGAACAGAGUCUGUGAAGAUGUUAAUGAGUGUGAGCGUCCAGGUAUCUGUGGACCAGGCCAGUGUUACAACACCAUAGGAAACUACACCUGUAUCUGCCCUGUGGACUACAUGCAGGUCAAUGGUGGAAACAACUGUAUGGACAUGAGGAAGAGUUUCUGCUACAGGAACUUCUACUCUGACAACGGGACGUGUGACGGAGAGUUGACCUUCAACAUGACCAAGAAGAUGUGCUGCUGCUCCUACAAUAUUGGACGGGCCUGGAACAGACCCUGUGAACAGUGUCCUGUACCCAGCACCAAUGAGUUUGCCAUUCUGUGUGGAAGUGAGAGACCAGGAUACUACAUUGAUAUCUACACAGGACAGGUCAUCGACAUUGAUGAGUGCAGGGAAAUCCCAGGUGUGUGUGAGAACGGCGUGUGUAUCAACAUGAUUGGCAGCUUCAGGUGUGAGUGUCCAAUGGGCUUCCUCUACAAUGACAAGCUGCUCAUCUGUGAAGACAUUGAUGAGUGUCAGAAUGGGCCAGUGUGCCAGCAGAAUGCAGGCUGUCUCAACAUGCCUGGUAGCUACCGCUGUGAAUGUAAACCUGGAUACCGCUUCACCCCCACUGGACAGUGUCUGGAUCGCAAUGAGUGUGUGGAGAACCCAGGAGUGUGUAGCCCAGGCCAGUGUAUUGAUACGUUGGGAAGCUAUCGCUGUAUCUGCCCCAAUGGUUUCAAGGCUACAUCAGACCUGGCUAUGUGUAUAGAUGUGGAUGAGUGUGAGAGACAGCCGUGUGGAAACGGGACCUGUAAGAACACAGUGGGAUCCUAUAACUGCCUGUGUUAUCCAGGCUUUCAGCUCUCACACAACAAUGACUGCAUAGAUACGGAUGAGUGUUCGAGUCAGAGAGGGCUGUGUAGGAACGGGAACUGUAUUAACACCCUGGGCUCCUUCGUGUGUGUGUGUCGCGAUGGCUACGAACUCAGCGCCGAUGGAAGAAUUUGUGUUGACAUCAAUGAGUGUGCAGUGAACCCUGGGACUUGUGGUCCAGGCACCUGUCAGAAUCUGGACGGUUCCUACAGGUGUAUCUGCCCACUUGGAUACUAUAUACAGGACGAGACCUGUGAAGAUAUUGAUGAGUGUUCUCAGACCCCAGACAUCUGUCUGUUUGGGACCUGCUCCAACACUGAGGGCAGCUUCACCUGUGUGUGUCCUGCUGGCUUUCAGCUGUCCUCCUCAGGACGCAGAUGCGUGGAUGUCCGUGUGAACUACUGUUAUACUAAGUUUGAGAGUGGUCGCUGCCUGGCCCCUAAGCCUCUGAACACCACUAAAGGGGACUGCUGCUGUAGUGCCAUGCCUGGUCAGGGCUGGGGAGACCCCUGUGAGAUCUGCCCAGGCAAGAAUGAGGAGGCGUUUACAUCUCUCUGCCAUGCGGUUGGACAGGUGGUUGGCCCUGAUGACCAGCCCAUAGACAUUGAUGAGUGCACCGCCAACCCCAACAUCUGCAACAACGGUCAGUGUAUCAACACGGACGGGUGCGUUCCGAUGUGAGUGUCCCUUGGCUUCCGUGUGCUGUGCGACACCUCAGGGAUCAACUGUGAAGAUACUAAUGAGUGUGACCUGGGGAACCCGUGUGGAAAUGGAACGUGCACUAACGUGAUUGGAGCGUUUGAGUGUGCAUGUGACGAAGGCUUCGAACCCGGACCCAUGAUGUCUUGUGAAGAUGUGAAUGAGUGUUCCCAGAACCUUUUGCUAUGUAGCAUACUAGGUGAUUGGUUCCCUAGUGUAAAUGUCCAUAGGCUACGUGAAGAGAGGAUGUGCAGAGACCAGAAUGAGUGUGAGGAUGGGCUGGAUGACUGUGAGAGCAGAGGGAUGCGCUGUAAGAACCUCAUCGGGACCUACAUGUGUAUCUGUAACCCUGGUUACACACGGGCCCCUAACGGAGAGGGCUGCAUAGAUCUGAACGAAUGCUCUGCUAAGCCAGGUAUCUGUGAGAACGGUCGUUGUGAGAACACGGUUGGAAGCUAUCGCUGCAGGUGUGACCAAGGCUUCAGCGCCAACCCUACACAGACUGAAUGUAUAGAUAACCGCCAGGGACUGUGUUUCACGGAGGUGUUGACUACACUGUGCCAGAUGCAGUCCAGUAGCAGGAACAGUGUGACUAAGUCUGAGUGUUGCUGUGACGGAGGACGAGGCUGGGGCUCUAACUGUGAGCUGUGUCCUCUUCCUGGGACCACACACUACAAGAAGAUGUGUCCACUGGGGCCCGGAUACACAACAGACGGCAAAGACAUAGAUGAGUGUCGUGUGAUGGGGAACCUGUGUGUGAACGGACAGUGUGUCAACAGCCUGGGCUCCUACAGUUGUGUGUGUAAAACUGGGUACACCACAGAUAUCACUGGCACCCUGUGUGUGGAUAUGGAUGAGUGUGUGCAGGCUCCUAAGCCGUGUAACUUCCUCUGUAAGAACACAGAGGGAAGCUACCUCUGUUCCUGUCCCAGAGGAUACAUCCUGCAGGAGGACGGCAAGAGCUGCCGAGAUCUGGAUGAGUGUCAGAGCAAACAGCACAACUGUCAGUUCCUGUGUGUGAACACUAUCGGAGGAUUCACCUGCAAAUGUCCUCCAGGCUUCACCCAGCACCAUACUGCCUGCAUAGAUAAUAAUGAAUGUGGGUCGGACCCUGCUCUGUGUGGCUCUAAUGGUGUGUGUCAGAACAGCCCAGGCAGCUUCAACUGCGAGUGUACUAGAGGAUUCUCAAUGGACCCCAAUGGACAGAGCUGUGAAGAUAUGGAUGAGUGUGAUGGUAGCCACCGUUGUCAACAUGGCUGUCAGAACCUGGUGGGAGGGUACCGGUGUAGCUGUCCUCAGGGAUACCUACAACACUAUCAAUGGAACCAGUGUGUCGAUGAGAACGAGUGCCAGAACACUCAGAUCUGUGGGGGAGCGUCGUGCCAUAACACCCUGGGGAGCUUCCGUUGCCUCUGUCCCACUGGGUUCAACUACGGAGACCAGGGGGGGUGCAGUGACAUCAACGAGUGCUCCUCCUCCUCUAAUCCAUGUAACUACGGCUGUUCCAACACAGACGGAGGGUAUCUCUGUGGCUGUCCACCUGGAUACUACCGCGCUGGACAGGGGCACUGUGUGUCAGGCGUGGGCUUUGGUAGUGGUGUGAGUCUGGGCCAGGGGGGAGGAGGAGGAGGAGGAGGAGGAGGAGGAGGAGGAGCAGCAGAGGUGGGUGACAACGAUCUGUCUCCUGAGGCCUGCUACGAGUGUAAGAUCAACGGUUACCCCAAGAAGGGGCGCAAACGCCGCGACACCAACUCAACGCUGGAGCAACCUCUGGACAACGCACAGCAUCAGGAGACCGUGAGUCUGGAGAGUGUGGACAUUGAGGACACCCUGCUGUUCAACCUGAACAUGUCCGGCCUGUCCAGCCGAGACCACAUCCUGGAGUUCACCCCGGCCCUGUCCACACUCAACAACCACGUGCGCUACUCCAUCGACUACGGCAACGAACUGGGCUACUUCAAGAUCAGCCAGAGGGAGGGGCUUAGCUACCUGCACCUGUCCAAGAGGAAGUCCCUCCCCCCUGGAGCCUACUUCCUGCAGAUCAGUAGCGUGGCCGUGUACAGGAAGAAGGAGCUGGCAGCGCUGGAGGACAGCAACGAUAAAGACUACCUCACAGGCCAGCUGGGAGACACACUCACCAUGAGGGUGCAGAUAGUCCUGCAUUAACCUACACUACAGGACUGACUGGGGUGGCUGGUCUGGGCUGGGUGGGGAGUGUCUGCCUGUAAACACUGGUCUAGGAACAGAUUAAUUUACCCUUGAUCCAUAUCUCAACCAUUAGGAUGGGGAAAGAAGAUCUGACACUGGGUCAGUGGUUAUGGGCAACUUCUACCUACUCUGAGAGAGAGCUUGGGACAAUCUCAACGCCAAAGAGACUAAUGGGUGGGUGGGGGGAGGGGGGAUUGCAUUGUUUGAUUCCCAAAGAUGAUUCUACAUAUCAUAGAUACAACCUUUAGUGCUACAGUGUAGGCCUAAACCACUGGCUACAGUAUGGCUGUCUGAAGAAAGGCUUAGAGAAUGAGAAUGACAUGGAGGGAAGACAUGACAAUGACACAACAAUAACCACUCUAAACUGCUCUGUGCAGGAAGCUCUGGUUUGAAUGUUUUUUUAUUUUUUUUUUUUUUAUGAAAAAGGUUUAUAUGAAAUAGGUUUUGUAUGAUGAUAUGUGGAAUCUGCCACUCUUUUGUGGGACAUGUAAGGCAAAUGCCAUAUCCACCCAUAGCCCCUACCCCCAAGACCAUGAGGGUAGCUAGGGAGUAUGGGGUAGGAGGUAGGGGCUAGCGGUGGAUUUGGACUGAGUAGCAGAGUGCAGAAGUCACUGAUGCUGAGUGUUCACAGCUUGGUAGAGGUGGAAGUGAAAGGCAGCGUUCAGAUUCUCCACCCUUCUCUCUGAAGUGUGCACUUGCUCACUCCCCCUUCAUGGUUCACAAAGCAUUGGCUGCUAAGGAGAGUUUCCACCAUAUUAGGUAAACCAGUCCAUUCCUUUCAAAUCCCUGAGGGGAGAAGGGUAGGGAAUCGAACCGUAGCUAAAGUCUUUAGCUAGAAGGACCCCUCUUCCUCAUCAUAACUAUGCUUCUUCAUCUUCCCCACUGACUAGACUUCAGCAUUACACAUAUUUACUGGUGCUAGUAACAAAUCCACAUAGACUUAUAAAUGCACUGUAAUACUCAACACACAGUAGCUGUCUGUCUACUGUCCUUUUAAUAAGAUGUCAGACAUCUUCUUUUCAACCAAAACCAAAGUAACAGCCUGUCUGCUCUCUAUACCACAUGUAAAUGAAGUGUGUUUAUACUGUAAUCAAUGCCAUGUUUAGAAUGUUAAUCUAUGAAGCCUUUUGUAAACUAGAGAACGCCCCUGAGAGGAGGGGGUGUAAUGGUGCUUAUAAUGACCUACUACUUCCUUUGAUAAACUGUAUACACACACACAAAAACACACACACAACACAAAUACACACACACGCCCUCAAACACACUCAAAACAUACACCGUUCUGAUGAUGCCAAACCUGUGCCUUCAUGAUUAUGCACUGAGGUCGUCACGGCCACACACUUUUCGCUCAUACAAUCAAUGCUCCGUAGCGAAGUCAAUCAGACCAGCCCCAGACUCAUCCGUCUGUCGCUCUGUCACAUCAGUGCUCCGUAGUGAAGUCAAUCAGACCAGCCGCAGACUCAUCCGUCUGUCGCUCUGUCACAUCAGUGAGGGUUUAGUUGUAAAGUCACAAUAAAAACGUGUUUUUUUGUUUAAAAGG